AUGGAGAAACUUGCUUUUGUCCUGGUAGUUGCUUCCAGGAAGCUCCGACCAUACUUCCAAGCUCAUACAAUCAAUGUUUUGACCGAGUAUCCAUUGAAGAAAGUACUUCGGAAAUUGGAUUUGUCUGGUCGAUUAGUCAACUGGGCAAUCGAAAUUAGUGAAUUCGACAUUCACUUUGUCUCACGUAAUGCUGUUAAAGGUCAAGCUUUAGCAGACUUUGUGAUAGAAUUCACCAACAUUCAAGACCAGGAGGAUUGGCCGAAAGAGAGGACAUGGGUAAUUUAUGUGGAUGGUUCAUCCACCAAGAGAAAUGGUGGAGCUGGGGUCGUGAUUAUUACACCAGACGGAAGAGAGUUAAGGAGUUCAUUGAGAUUGGAAUUUAAAACUACUAACAAUGAGGCCGAGUAUGAAGCUGUAAUAGUUGGACUCGGUUUAGCCCAAGAGCUGGAGGCAGAGUUUGUAGAGGUGCAGAGUGAUUCUCAGGUUAUUGUCGGUCACAUUCGCAGCGAAUUUGAGGCUAAGGGCAGCAAGAUGAAGCUCUACUUGACCAAAAUUCAAGGUAUGCAAAAAUCUUUUAAAAGGUUUUACAUUGUUAAAAUCCCAAGAGAAGAGAAUGAGAAGGCAGACCAUCUAGCCCAUUUAGGCUCUUCAACCGAGAAUGAGUUGGAGGAUUCCGACCAGAUAAUACAAAUUCAACAACAACCUUCCAUCGUUGAGAAGGUUUAUAUUUUAACUAUCGAAGUCAUGCCUACUUGGGCUGGAGAAAUUAUUAGUUAUCUCGAAAAGGGAAUUCUGCCAGAAGACAAGAGGAAAGCGGUGCAGUUGAAACGAAAGGCUACUCGGUUCACCCUGGUCAAUGGAGCUCUUUUUAAAAGAGGUUUUAUGUUACCUCUCCUUAAAUGUAUUUCUAAAGAAGAUGGUGAUUAUAUCCUUCGGGAGAUUCAUGACAGAAUCUAUGGCAGUCACUCGGGAGCCCGCAUUUUGGCACACAAAGUGGUAAGAGCAGGAUUCUUUUGGCCGAGUAUGAACCAGGACUCCAUAAACAUGGUCAAAACUUGUGACAGUUGUCAUCGCUUUGCCAAUGUUAUCAAGCAACCUCCUGAAGAACUUAGCUCGGUUUCCUCGCCAUGGCCAUUUUCACAAUGGGGGGUGGAUAUAGUAGGGCCAUUACCUAUAGGAAAAGGGGGAGUUCUGUUCGUUGUGGUCGCUGUUGAUUACUUCACCAAGUGGGCAGAGGCUGAAGCUCUGGUGAAUAUUACUGCAAAAAACACCGAGAAAUUUCUUUGGAGAAGUGUCAUUUGUCGAUAUGGGAUUCCUCAUGCCUUUGUUACAGACAAUGGUAAACAGUUUGACUGUGAGUUCUUUCAAGAUUGGUGUUCUGGACUUCAUGUUCGGCAAUACUUUUCAUCCCCGGGACAUCCUCAAGCAAAUGGACAAGUAGAAGUGACUAACAAAACCAUAUUCAAGAUUCUAAAGAAGAAGCUCGAUUAG